UUUCCCACCUUCUUAGCUUUCAACUUCAUCUUUAUACUCUCCCUGUCCCUUCAGCUUCUUCAUUCUCUCUGACAUAUACAUUUCUAACAUUAUAAUGGACAGAAACAAUUCCCGUAGACAAGUUGCUGCAGUGAAACAGUCCCUCUUUGAUCAGGGUCAUCUGGAUGAGCAGUUUAUUCAACUUGAAGAAUUGCAGGAUGAUGCUAACCCAAAUUUUGUUGAGGAAAUAGUGACUCUUUACUACCGCGAUUCAUCAAGACUUGUAUCAAGCUUGGAGCAUACACUGGAGAGGAACCCAGUGGAUUUCAAUAAGCUGGACACAAUUAUGCAUCAGUUUAAAGGAAGCAGCUCAAGCAUAGGGGCCAAAAAGGUGAAAGCAGAAUGCACUCUGUUUAGUCAAUAUUGCAAGGCAGGAAAUGCAGAAGGAUGCAGGAAGAGCUUCCAACAAAUGAAGAAAGAAUAUUCAGCACUGAGAAAGAAACUUGAAACUUAUUUUCAGCUAGCUAGGCAAGCUGGUCCCUUGGACAGAGCAUGUCGCCCCAAGUGAAGAGCUUAUAAUUAUUCAAAAUGAUUGACUGACAUAUCAUUUCGCAAGACAUCAUUCCGGCAUACAACUUAAAGACGGUUUUUAACCUCUAAAAAACAAGUGUAAUUGGUGAAUUUUGUGACCGUAGAAAAAUUACAUGUUCACCGCUAGAAUUGGAAAGGCAACAUAGCCUGUUAGAGAAUAUUAUAUGCUUCCAAAUAUCAGUUUUGUUUUCAAAUGUUGUAAGAAUCUUGAGUUUAUACUAUCACUAUUAUUACAGAA